GAAGUUCAGUGUGAUGCAGGCAAAUAUCGUGAAGGGGCAACUAAUAAGUGUAAAAAGUGUCAAAUUUGUGGCCAUAGAGCAUAUUAUGCUGGCGACCAAUUUGAAGAUGAGUGUCGUUCAUCUGAAUCGUGCCCGCAAUGGUGUGGUGUUUAUAGUUUUCGGCCCGUUCCAGGAGAAAAACCAGUUGACUGUGCCCAAGUACCCACAACGCCCCAACCCACAACGCAGCAUACAACUUAUAGAUACACUACUGGUCGGGAAGGUUCUACAACAGACUUCAUUGCUACAAAUGCAACAGUUACCAAUCCACCACCAUCUUACAAUCAAACGAAUGUGGCUGUCAUUUCUGUUGUUGUCCUACUUGGGGUUGCGGUCCUGUUUGUAUGCCUUGGUUUUUGUUUAAGAAAAAGAAGUCAUAGACAAAGAAGUCAUUCCAAUAGUUGCUCACUCUUCGUUUUGUUGAGAAGAAGAUUUUGUAGACUAAGAGUUCAAUACAGGGUCAAGUUGAGAACGGUUAUGGUAUACCCUGGUUCCUGGCAUCUGAGGUUAGAGCAGGAAAGUCGUGAAAAUGUCUGGCUAAGGCAUCGGUUCUGGUUGACAGUAGCCAAUUCUCAGACCAAUGAAACAGUUAAGGAAACGGAAUGGGAAAAUAUUGACGAAAAAAUGAAAAUUGAUCUACCUGUACCGUCCAGCGGCUUGUUUUAUGCAAAACUUGGAGUCAGUGACAUGGAAAUAAUCUCAAAUGUCAGCUGGAUUCAGAAAUUGGAAAUUACAGUUCCUAAUCAGCCCUGUAAUUGUACACUUGAUGAUUUGAAGAAUACCGAGUUCAGCCCAAAUUCAAUCUACAGUCGCCUAUGCACUGACCUGAAUAAAUCGCCACCGAGUAUACAGAAAAUAGGUCAGGCUAUGGAAAGAACUCCGCGUGUCAUUGAGUCUUUACUUUCUGAACAAACACCGUUUGUUGCGCUACUUGAUAAUGCUAUGACAGAAUGCGAUGAUGUGAGCGUAUCCCAUAUAAUCAUGGGACUAUCAAGUGGCAAGAUAACAGAUAAGGAGCAACGUGUAUUGUCCUACCUGUCAGAUUGGCAUAGGUGCGUCAUGUGCCAACAUAUUAAGGCAUAUAACACUGGAGUUCCAUUGCCAACAGUUGCACCUGAAAUCAACGUGGUGGUUUAAGAGACGUCAGGAGAGUAGAUCAAAAUCCAUAUCAUAGCUAACAACAGGGGAAGUAGGCAUCAGGCACGGAUCCAUUAGGGGGCAUGUGGGUGGGGCAUGUUCCUCCCGACACCCCC